CAAUUGUCUUUCUUGGGAGACGAUGAAUUAGCACGCGAUUAUUAUUAUGGACCCCGGAAAUGGACAGUAGUGUCCUAUUUUUUAGGUCUAAAAUCGUUAAUUUGCCGCUAUCAUUAGUAUUCAAUGUGUGUUCUUGAUUUACUAAUAAUGGGCAAUACUAUGAUCUGAUGAUGGUCCAAUUAGGUCAAUGAAAAGCAUUGGAACCCGGAUGACAGCCCCAUUAACCAUUGCUGAUAACUAGUCUAGAAUCGUUUUACUGUUGACCAGACGUUGAUCUGUCAUGUCUUCGAUUUCUGCAGUGGAAAGCUUCAGAGGAGUCCGAAUCGGAAUGUAUGAGAUAUUUUGUGUUUGAUUUUAUUGCACUCAUCACAUUUCAAUCUUCGAACUAUAGGACAUUAAAACACUAUUCCUGAUUAUUCAGACUGUAUCAGAUCGAUGAGAAAUCAUUUUUUUAUGUGUGUGGAAUUUGCGAAUGACCAUAAUGGUCACGGAAUAUAAGAGGAAAGCGUGGAAAGAGAAACCGGCCUUGCUCAUUUUCAUCUUGCUCGUCUCUUCGCUUGUAGCAACCGCUUAUCCUGCUCAAUUCACGUAUUCGUGCCCAGAUGGGUGGGCACACCCCUCACUCGACUCCAACCGCUGUUAUAAGCUACUGGCCGAUGGAAGCGCAAUGAAAUGGGCCGAGGCCCAGGUAGCGUGUGAGGAACCUUCAUUACCUGGCGGCUCUUAUCUCUUCGUUCCUUCAUCUAUGGAAGAGGAGAUUGUGAUGCAGUCCAUCUACCAAUCUGCAGUGGCUGAUUCUGAAAUUUGGAUAGGAUGUUCUGAUCUUGAAACGAACACAACGUUUAUUUGCUACCACGAGAACGAGGUCUUAACUUACAAGAAUUGGAGUCCUGGAAAUCCUGAUGAAAAUAAGUCAGCGAGUAAACAAAAUGGCGCCACAAUGAAUAUCCAGAAUCCGACCAGUGGAUGGGUGCAACAAAAUAAAAACUUCGAAGGACCUACUGUAUGUGAACUACCGGCUACUGAACACGCCAUCUCAUCCUUUUCUCAAACCUACGUCAUCAAGCACGACACUUCGACGGGUGUUGCGUUGCAGGACUGGUGUCAAUCGAGUACACCAAUUAAGGAACCUUUUGGUGUCAGGAGCGGGACAGAAUGUGGCGCAGCUUGCAAUCUUUGGAGAGGGUGCUACUCCUUCAACUUCAUCCGGCCUCCGGGACAGCCGGGGGAGGGGCGUUGUGAGCUGAUGGGGGCUGACAACGGGGAUAUGCACUAUGAGGAAGGAUGUAAAUACUUUGUUAUGAAAGGAUAG